AUGAAGCAAAUUGUAAAUUCCUUUUUACAACAUUUGGUGGUGGAGAAGGGAUUGACCCAAAACACGCUCAGCGCUUAUAGCAACGAUCUCAACCAAUUUAGAGAAUUCUUGAGCUCCAACGGUUUCAUUAGCGAAGACCCCACUGCAAACCUCGGGUCGCUUCGAGUGGGCCGGUCAAUCCCCAGGUUCAUUUCCGAGGCUGAUAUACGACAACUGCUGGAGACUGCAGCCGAUACCGGCACUCCGGAAGGGCGACGCGACGCCAGCAUCCUGGAGCUGCUGUACGCGACCGGUUUACGCGUCAGCGAACUGGUUGCGCUGAAUGUGCAGGACAUAAACUUCGAAGAGGGGUUCAUCCGAACCUGGGGCAAGGGUUCGAAAGAACGCAUCGUGUACCUAUACCCGGAAGCGCUAGCCAAUCUUCGCGUAUAUGUUGGCGGCGCCAGGGUGGCGUUGUUGGAGCAGAAACGGGGUCAGACCGCCAUGUACGUGAACCAGCGAGGUGAGAGGCUGACGCGCCAAUGGGUGUGGAACAUUCUGAAAACCUCGGCGAAAAAAGCCGGUAUCGACCCCAAUAUUACGCCGCACACACUUCGUCAUAGCUUUUGCGACCCAUUUAUUGCAGAACGGUGCGUCCCUGCGCCACGUACAGGAGUUGUUGGGACAUUCCAGCAUUUCCACGACGCAGGUUUAUACGCACCUUACCGAUCCCCACGUCCGGGCGGAGUACGAGCGAAGCCAUCCAAGAGCAUGACGUGA